GAUACUAUAUAAAUCCUUUUAAGAAACGUAUAUACCAAUUUAAUGUUGUUUGUGUGUGUUCCUAGAAUUUUUAGAAAAUAGUUGAGGGUAAACCAAUUCACUAAAAGACAAAUUGGUGCAUAUUCCAAAGGAUCACCCAUGCUCUUUGUCCAUUCUCAAACUUGCUUUCAAAGUUGUCCUAUAUGGAAUAUUAUAUACCUACCUAUCUAAUAAACCAACAACUUGUAUAUAUUUGAUCCUCAAAUUAAAAUAAACAUCAAACUUAAAACUCAAAAUACUACUCUAGAUUCUUUUUUCAUUUAUCAACAUAACCUUUGUUUUAUCAAAUAUACUACUCUAGCUUCUACUCAUUCAAAAAAUACUUACCUCCUUAACAACGACAACAUAACAUUCAAAACACACAAACUACUAAUCACCACUAUAUAAAUAUCUAUGCACACUAAAAUAGAAAAAUUAAAACUACUACAACCAUGUUUAUGUUUUUAGUUCUCUUUACCUUACUACUCAAAACUCUAACAGCUACAACAAACACUGUGGUUAGUCCAACAACAUUCUCCUUUAUUUCUUUUAGCCACGAAAGUUGCACAAAUGGUGAAUUACUUUGUAUGGGUUCAGCCACUACAGAAAAUGGAUAUAUAAGUCUCACACCAGAGUCAGAGACACAACAAAGCAACAAUUCAAAUUCUCUCUUUGAUGAAUCUAGUAGCAUAGCCAACAAAGUAGGAAGGGUUUUGUAUCCUCAUCCAGUUCAUGUUUGGCCAGCAAUUAUCACUACCACAUUCACUCUUAGGAUUACUCCGUUUGCGAAAAACUCGACCGGUUCGGGUGAUGGAAUGGCAUUAGUAUUUGCACAAGAUAAUAGGCCUUCACCAAAUGAUAGUUAUGGUUCUUAUCUUGGCAUGUUUGAUAGGUCUACACAAGGUGGGAAUUUUCAACAAAUAGGUGUGGAGUUAGACACAUACAUGAAUGAAUUUGAUCCAGAUGGAAACCACAUUGGCAUAAUCACAACAAGCAUAACAAAUGCAGUUGCUUUUCAUAGUCUCAACAGCACUUUUGUUGAUCUCAAAAGUGGAAGAGACAUUGUUGUUAAAGUUGACUAUAAUGGAUGGACUAGAAUGAUAUUUGUGUCAAUAGGAUACUCAAAUAGUCAAAUAAAGAGUGUUCUCAAUCAUUCAAUUACAUUACCUGAUAUAAUACCAAGCUCAGUUUAUGUUGGUUUCACAGCCUCAACUGGAAAAACUUUUCCUGAAACUCAUCAAGUGCUCAAUUGGGUCUUCACAUCAGUUCCAUUGCCUGUUCUUUCUUUGAAACAUAGUGAACUUGGAAAAAUCAAGAUCAUGCUAUUGAUAAUUUUUAUACCAGUUCUUGUGUCAAUGAGUUUACUUCCUCUUAUUUGGGAAGCUUGGAAGAAAAGAUGUGAGAAGGGUGACCGGAAAGAGGACAUAGAAAGGCUAUCGAUGACAGCUGCGGAUGCGCCUAAGAUGUUCAGUUACAAGCAACUGUCGAAAGCGACGUGCAAUUUUAGAAAAGAAAAUCUUGUGGGAAGAGGUGGAUUUGGAAGUGUUUAUAAAGGUGUCUUAUUGGAGUGUGGAAAAAGUAUAGCAGUAAAGAAAAUCUCAGCUACCUCUAAGCAAGGUGAAAGAGAGUUCUUAGCUGAAAUAUGUACCAUAGGACGUCUUCGACACAAAAACUUAGUACAACUCCAAGGAUGGUGCAAUGAAGGCAAGAAUCUUCUCUUGGUUUAUGAUUACAUGCAAAAUGGAAGCCUUGAUCACUUCAUAGGCAACAAUGAGAUUCUAGAUUGGCAAACAAGGCACAAGAUAUUAACAGGAUUAGCAUCAUCAUUACUUUACCUUCAUGAAGAAUGUGGAAAUCCUGUAGUUCAUAGAGAUGUCAAACCUAACAACAUAAUGCUAGAUUCUAAUUACAAUCCUCAUUUAGGAGAUUUUGGUCUAGCAAGAUUACUAAAAAAUGAGGACUCAGUAACUACAAAUUUAGCAGGAACACCAGGCUAUUUAGCCCCUGAAAUAGGGUUCACAGGUAAAGCAACACCAGAAUCAGAUGUUUAUAGCUUUGGUAUGGUUGUACUUGAAUUAAUAUGUGGUAAAAGAUCAAAAAGGGUAAUGGAAGAUAAUAGUUUGGUGGACUAUGUUUGGAAUUUUCAUGCUCAAAAUCAAAUUCUUGCGUGUGUUGAUAAACAAUUGAAAAAUCAAUUUGAUGUGGAAGAAGCUAAAAGGUGUUUGAUGGUUGGAUUGGCUUGUUUGCAUCCAGAUUCAUCGUUUAGGCCAAAGAUGAGGAAAGUUGUGCAAAUUUUUUUGAAUGCAAAUGAGUCUUUGAUGGAAUUACCUGAAAUGAGACCAACUGGAGUUUAUGUGUCAGUUUCCUGUACAUCAAUCACAGAGUUUGUUUCAAGAACUGAGUUAGAGCUUCAUUCAUCCACAACAUCAUCAAUGGAAAAAAUUUCUAAUUGUACAGUAUGAAGUAGGAUCAGUAAUCAUUGCUUUUGCAGCUACAUAACAAUGGUUAUUUUUUAUCAUUACUUACCACUAAAGGAUUAAAUAGGCAUAAGAUAAUAAUUACCAGUCACAAAUUUAUCGCAGUCAUUUCUUUCCGUUCAAUUUUGUACAAGAUCUUUACUAGUUAUUAUUAUCUAUAAGAGAAAACAAGAUUCUUUGAA